AUGCCAAGCAUCCAGAUCACCAAGCACGUGACCUGCGCCUUUCUCGAAUUUGUUUCUCCGUCCCAGCCAAACUCCGCCGGUUCGACGCUUCAAACAGCACACGCGCCCACACUCAGCAAUGCGCCCAUCAAUGCGCCUCCCAUUGCGGGAGGCAAGAUUCCCACACCCCGUAUCUCGCCGCUGAACCAAGUCCGCUGCUACGCCUCCGAAUCCCCCGGAAUUCUCGAGCGCACUCGGCGCAAGCUUUGGGGCACAGAUCAGCCCCCUGGCCCAGCAGACCCGUACUCUGGAAGUCAGCUUAUGCCCGGUUCCGAACCUGCCCCGGAAAAGCAGGAAGAUGAAGGGUUCAGUCUGUCGAAGGGUGUUGAAGCACCGGAGAACGUGGAGGUGGAGAACUUGACCUGGGAGGGAAUGCCUAAGAUUGGUUAUCUGCCGGAGGAUGCAUGGCGUCUUAAGGGCCAGAACAAGAAAACGGAUGUCGUUAAAGCAUGGUACGCCAAUGAAAAUGCUCUUCCACUGAGAGAGGCUGUUCAUCAGGCCGCCGUUGAGAUGGGAUUGAACCAGAUUCUCGGGCUCCCGCUCACUUCCCGCAACGAGGCCUUCCGCGCGCGCGUGAUUCGAGCCAGUAUCAAGUCAUGCAAAUUCGAAGGCGAGGCUGGACAAUGGGGUGACCGUCUCCGGUUCCCUAACAACACAACAAUGGAGAGACUCCUUCUCACCGCACAGAAGUCUGUCUCGCCGGAACUUGAGGAGGCCGAUUUCCAGAAACGCAUUGAGGAAUUGAAGAGCGCCGGCAAGCUCGAGAACUCCAUCUACGGUGCGGAAACCAAGGGGCACAGCCUCAAGUCCUUGCCGCUUGAUGAUGGGACUGUCAAGUUCGCUUUCUUCUCCCGACUCUCCGAGUUGACCGGCGAGCGCAUCUCUGACUCCGUCAUUACGUCUUCCAACACAGUCGGAAAGGUCUUCAGUCAGCAGGAGUCCCUCCGCAAAAAGACUGUCAGAUUGAACCCCGUGACUCUCCACGAGAUCAUGGACAAGAAUGGCGCGGCUGAAUUGCCCAAUGUCAAGAUCGCCGAUGUCCGCCAGACUCGUCACCACAUCGAUGAAGACUUCGGCCGCAAGAAGCUCAUUGUCUCUACACUCUACCAGAAUGGUUUGAUCAACAAGCCUUUGGGCCAGAAAAUAUCGCGCUGGAAAAGGCCUAAGACUGUGGCUGCUUAG